ACGAAUUCUGGACUCGAUGAUUGCCGAGCUAAGACCAACACGACUGACCCACGAAGUCCUAUCAACACUGGUGGCCGAGGUGACAGCUAUCGUAAACAACAGACCGCUAGUAGCCAUCUCAAGCGACCCCUCUGCACCCGAAAUUCUCACACCAUCUACUCUCCUGACGCAAAAAACGGCAACACUCAAGUCAACCCCAGGAAAUUUCGUACCCCAAGACCUCUAUACCAAACAGUGGCGGCAAGUACAACUAUUAGCCAACCGUUUCUGGUCCAGAUGGAGAAAAGAAUUCCUGCCGACAUUACAAUACAGGCGAAAGUGGACAACAGACGUUCCAAAUCUCCAAGUGGGAGAUCUGGUCCUCCUCCGAUGCAAAGAAUCGCCGAGAAACGAUUGGCCGCUAGCUCGCGUCUCGAAGACCCUAAGCAGCGCGGAUGA